UUCUAAUUCCUCAUUUUAAGAAAGCAUAUAUUUUUAGACCUUGGGUCAAAUAUAUAAAUAUCUUUUUGUUCUUAUGCAAUCAUGUUAAACCUUUCUUCCUCCUUUGGCAAUAUACUUGUAUGAUUCGAAGACUACUGCACCAGAAAGUUCUUAGACAAUCUUCAUGGAUUAAUACUUUGGUAUAUGGUAUAUAUAUUUAGUUAUUUAAGGGUGUUGGUUAACACAUUACUGUUAUGUAUGUCUGCCACUGAUAAUAACAAUUGUGACUUUGCUACUUUCUUCUUCACUGUGUUAAAUUUCCCACCAAAUAUUUCCUAUCAAAAAAAAAAAAAAAAAAAAGGUUCCAUUAGGAGAAGGUUGACUGUUGACCGACUUGAUCGACUUGUGUCAUUCAAUAAGCUCAGUCAAGCUGUCUAUUCAUCUAGCAUUUCUGAUUACGUGCAGUUGUCUCUCUUUCUUCGGUGUGGAAAUGUCAAAAAUGUGUAAAAAACUAAUUGCUUGACUUUGGUUCAAAUUGUAAGCCAAUCUUUCUCUUCAGACAAUAUUUAUGGUAGUUAAUUGUCCCUCAAAUAAUACAUGCCUUAACAAAAUUGUGGUCUGUCUUUGGAGAUAUUCAGCCUGUAUCCUUUAGUAGAUUAGACCAGUGUGACUUGCGUUAAAAGAGCAGUUUUAAAUUAGACCCUUCAUGAAAAGAGCAGCAGCCAAAUCGUCAGUUCAUCUUGUUGGGUUUCUCCUGCUUGGAUGAUCCUCUUUUCUUGGGAUUUUGUGUGUCAAAGGUAAGUUUCAUUAUAUUAGAAACAUAAUUGGUUAUCAUGUUUUAAGUUAUGAAAUAAUAUUAUUCUGUAUAAAACGUGAUGUAUUUGUCUGUCAUGCUAAACAAUGUCAAAAGUUUCAUUGUAUCCAGGUCCCUUACAUCAGAUGGGGCAAACUCUUACAAAAGGCAAGAUCAAGAACAAGAGAAAGCCAAAGUUUGAUUCAAAGGAGGAGUAUUUCAUUAAAAAUGGCGGUAUUUUGUUGGAAAAACAAGUUGCUUUGAGCCGAGGCCACCAUAAGGGAGAUGGGCAACUAAAGAUUUUCUCAAGCAAGGAUAUUGAGAAGGCUACAAACAACCAUAACCCUGAUCAUUUUUCUGCCACUGAUGGUCAUUAUAUCUUCUAUAGAGCAACCAUCGAUGACCGUGAUGUAGCAAUCAAAGCCCCGUCUGAGCCAGAACCAAAGCCUGAACUGAUGGAUCAUUCUUUGACUGCAGCCUCAACAGUGAUGGUGAUGAAUCAUGCCAAUAUAAUAAAACUGUAUGGUUGUUGCCUUGAGACUUUUAUACCAAUAGUAGUUUAUGAAUUCCCACCUUGUGCAAAUCUCUUUGAUCAUUUUCAUAGUAAUGUAGCAUCUAACCAACGUGGUAUAACAUGGAUUGAUCGUUUGAGGGUUGCAACUGGUACAGCCUAUGCCUUAUCUUAUAUGCACACUGCCUUGCCAAAGCCAGUGGUGCACAGAAAUGUGAAAUCACUGAGUGUAUUUUUUGAUGAUUCAUUCCGUGCUAUAUUAGCAAACUUUGGCUACUCAGUGUCCAUUACUCCAGGGGAAAAUACCAAGGGAUGGCCUGUCAAAGGAACACCGGGAUAUCUUGAUCCCGAAUAUGUAGAAACUCGGGAGGUGACAGAUAAAUGUGAUGUAUAUAGUUUUGGGGUUUUAUUGUUGGAGCUGCUAACCAGAAGGCCACCCUGUGUUAUGGCCGAAAAUGGGAUAGACUUGGUCAGUAUGUUUAUUUCUAUGGUGGAAAAAAAUCUUAUGAUGGAGAUCAUAGACAGUGAGGUCUUGCUACAAGCGAGUAGGGAUGAUAUUCAAAGGGUUGCACAACUUGCUUUGAAAUGUGUGGCAAAGGAAGGUGUACGAAGACCGACAAUGGUUGAAGUAGUUAGAGAGCUUUGGCUGAUGCAAGAUCAGCAUUGAGUAAACGAAACGGAUGGGACUCUAAAGUCUCCUUUGACUAAUUGAUGAUUUAUGUUUGUUUUAUUUUGAUAUAAUAUAUACUGCUGCACACAUUUUUUUGUUUUUGUUUUUUUUUUUGAUAAGUUACACGCUAGUUUAUUUGGACAAUGAUUCUCUCUAUCUCUUUCCUCUUCGUAUUAAGGAGCCGUUUGGUUCGCACAGCAUAAAUGGAAUGGAAUGAACAAAGGGAUUCAAAGAGAAUGGAAUGAAACCCAUUCCAUAUAACAUGUUGUUUGUUUUACAAAAACCAAAGGAAUCACCACCACCAUAGCACCACCACCAACACCACCACAAAACCCCCUUUUCCUUCACUUUCCCACUUCUUCAGCUACCCCACCGCCCAGCCACCACAUUGUCGGCAUCCCCCGGAGCCCGUCGCACCUCCACCACCCCUCUCCUCCCCGAAAAACCUCCACCCACUCAUCAAAACCCUAAUUAUUCAUCAUCUGAAACCCCACAAAAACCCUAAUUAUCGGCGGUGAACAGGGAGGUGCGUUGAGGGAGGUGCGACGAGGGUUAGAGGCGGUGUGAACUGGGGCGGUGCGAAGACUGCGAACAGGGGCGAUGAGAACGAGAGAGGUACGAUGAGGGAGGUGCGACGUAGGUAGUGGUGCGACGAGGGAGAUGCGACGUAGCUGGUGGUGCGAACAGGGGCGGUGCAACGUAGCUGGUGGUGCGAACAGGGGCGGUGCGACGUAGCUGAUGGGGCGAACAGGGACGGUGUGUAGCUGGUGGUGCAAACAGGGGUGGUGCGAACAGGGGCGGUGCGGCGUUGACCGGGGUAGGGCUCGAUGUGCGGUGGGGGUAGGGGAGAAGGGUGGUGGUGUUGGCAUGGUGGUGUAAUGGUGGCUAGGAAAAGAGAAUGGCAAAGUCUGGGGGGUGGGGAAUCAAUGUGGAGGGAUUUUGGGUGAAGUCAAAAAUAAAAUUGGGUAAAGGGAAUGAUUAAAUGUGACAAACAAACAUCAACAAAGGGAAUGAAGCAGGUUCAACAAAGGGAAUGAAGCAGGUUCAUUCCCUUUCCCUUUGAUUAUUAACCCCAACCAAACGGCUCCUAAUUUCCAUUUAAGUCAUGUAAUAGCUUAGACAAUUUCUUUCAUGAUUCUUGUAUAGUUGUAUGUAAUAACUAAUAAACAAAUUUUUUUUUUUUU